AGAAGAUCAAAGCACAGAAAAUGGCCAGCUCAAUUCUUCGAGGAAGGGCGCUGGGGGCGGUGCGCCAGUCGCGCUGCUUCAGCUCUACUCCCAGGCAGUGUGCUGCCGACGUCAAGAGUCUCGGUGUCCUCGGCGCCGGCCAGAUGGGCCUGGGAAUUGCUCUUGUUGCUGCGCAAAAGGCACAGGUCCCAGUGACUCUUGUCGAUGCCUCCGAGCAGGCGCUGAGUAAAGGCAUUGCGUUUGCCGAGAAGCUGCUGGCCAAGGAUGUGUCCAAGUCCAAGAUUACUCAGGAACAGGCCGACCAGGCUCGCUCGCUGCUCAAGCCGAGCACCAAGAUUGAGGACUUCUCCUCUGUCGACUUCAUCAUCGAGGCUGUGCCCGAGAUUCCCCAGCUCAAGUUUGACAUCUUCAGCAAGCUGGCCAAGAUUGCCCCCUCUCACGCAAUCCUGGCAACCAACACGUCUUCAAUCUCCAUUACACGCAUUGCUGCGGCCACUACUACCGAUCCUAACGACACCUCGGCUUCAUCUCGAGUGGUCUCCACUCACUUCAUGAACCCGGUCCCCGUCCAGAAGGGCGUUGAGAUUAUCAGCGGACUGCAAACCAGCAAGGAGACUCUCGACACGGCCGUUGAGUUCUGCAAGAAGAUGGGCAAGAUCACGUCCGUCUCGGCCGACUCUCCCGGCUUCCUCGCCAACAGAAUCCUCAUGCCCUACAUCAACGAGGCCAUCAUUUGCCUGGAGACGGGCGUUGGCGACAGAGACUCCAUCGAUGCCAUUAUGAAGAAUGGCACCAACGUCCCCAUGGGACCACUGCAACUUGCAGACUUCAUCGGCCUUGACACGUGCUUGGCUAUCAUGAAGGUUCUCCAUACGGAGACGGGCGACUCCAAGUACCGCCCAAGCGUGUUGCUGGGAAAGAUGGUGGAUGCGGGCUGGCUGGGCAAGAAGAGCGGAAAGGGUUUCUAUGACUAUUAG